AUGGCACUUAAGAAAGCAGGUGUUUUAGGAGCUACUGGUUCAGUUGGUCAAAGAUUCAUCUUAUUAUUAUCUCAACAUCCAGAAUUUGAAAUUCAUGCCUUGGGAGCAUCACCACGUUCUGCUGGGAAACAAUAUAAGGAUGCAGUUACUUGGAAACAAACUGAAUUAUUACCAGAAUCAGCCCAAUCUGUUAUUGUUCAAGAAUGUAAACCAGAAGGAGCAUUCCAAGAAUGUGAUAUUGUAUUUUCUGGAUUAGAUGCUGAUUAUGCUGGAGAAAUCGAAAAAGCAUUUGUUGAAGCUGGACUUGCAGUUGUUUCUAAUGCUAAGAACUAUAGAAGAGAACCAACUGUUCCCUUAGUCGUUCCAAUUGUCAAUCCUGAACAUAUUGAUGUUGUUGAAAAGAAACUUAACGAUGCUAAAGCAGCUGGUGAAAAGAAACCCGGGUUUAUCAUUUGUAUUUCCAAUUGUUCAACUGCUGGUUUGGUUGCACCUUUAAAACCUUUGGUUGAAGCCUUUGGUCCAAUUGAUGCUUUGACUGCCACCACUUUACAAGCUAUUUCUGGGGCCGGAUUUUCUCCUGGUGUUUCAGGUAUGGAUAUUUUGGAUAAUAUUGUUCCAUAUAUUGGUGGAGAAGAAGAUAAAUUGGAAUGGGAAACCAAAAAGAUUUUAGGUGGUGUUAAUGUUGCUGGUACUGAAUUCACCCCAAUUCCAGAUUCAGAUAUGAAAGUAAGUGCUCAAUGUAAUAGAGUUCCAGUCAUUGAUGGUCAUACUGAAUGUAUUUCUCUUAGAUUUGCCAAUAGACCACCACCAUCUGUUGAACAAGUUAAGAAAGCUUUAUCCGAUUAUCAAUGUACUGCUAGUAAAUUAGGAUGUCAUUCUGCUCCAAAACAAACCAUUCAUGUAUUGGAACAACAAGAUAGACCACAACCUAGAUUAGAUAGAGAAAGAGAUAGAGGAUAUGCUGUAUCUGUUGGUAGAGUCAGAGAAGAUCCUGUUUUGGAUUUCAAGAUGGUUGUCUUGUCUCAUAAUACCAUUAUUGGUGCUGCUGGUGCAGGUAUUUUAAUUGCUGAAAUCCUUAAAGCAAUCUUGUAG